CGGCAGCAUUACAAAGUCGCUUACAAAUAUUUCCUUUUAAUUUGUCAAAGUAUACUACAAUUUAUUUCUUUUUUUUCAAAUGUUGCAACGCAUUUAUUACUAUAUUAUACGGCUAUUGACUUGGUUUGCGCAUGCGCAGUGUGGGUUUGCGCGGCCAGCCUGAAUGCUCUCCUCUUCUGCUUGAGUGGUUCCUUUGAGAAACUCGUUAGCUGCUGGAAGUAUGGCGGACUAUACACAACGCCUUUUAUUAUAUAUUCACGUGACAUGUGCUUGGAAGGCUGCUACUUGAUAGUGCUGACCCGUCGGUGAAUACUACAUCACACGAAGGCUACUCUGUAUAUUUUUUUAAACAUUUUCUUUUCUAUCUCGUCAGCUAGCAUGCUAACACAUGACUAGCCAGUUGGCGACGUAGCGGUGUAGUUGCUGAGCUGUGCUUUAACUAAACUGUACACACACACACACCAGUCAGGAAACACCGGGUAUCCUGUGUGAAUUGUGCUUAGACUGUCUGACAACAUGGCAGGUGGCAUUACAGAGACUGGAGAGCUCUACUCUCCUUUUGUUGGCUUGGUGUACAUGUUCAACAUUAUUGUGGGUACUGGUGCGCUGACCAUGCCCAGAGCCUUUGCCACUGCUGGAUGGGUUGUAAGCCUGGCGCUCAUCUCCUUCCUGGCUUUCAUGAGUUACAUGACCACUACAUUUGUGAUCGAGACCAUGGCUGCGGCCAACGCUCAGCUACGCUGGAAGAGGAGAGAGCAGGAAGAGAUCCAUAGCAGCGACUCUAGUUCUGACUACUCGGACGAUGAGGUGACCUGCAGGGGGCGGUCAGAUCCGGUGGAGACUCGACCGAUUCUCUCAGUUCAGCGUGCAGGGUCAGUGGAUCACUUUGACAUUGUGGAGAGAGUUGAGAUGGGACAAAUGGCCUCCAUGUUUUUCAAUAAAGUUGGCGUCAAUAUGUUCUACAUCUGCAUCAUUGUGUACCUGUAUGGAGAUUUGGCCAUCUAUGCUGCCGCUGUGCCCGUGUCCUUGAUGGAAGUGGCCUGCGGCAAUCACUCCUGCAGCACUGGGAGCAUAAAAUACAACGACACAGAUGCAUGCUGGGGGCCAGUGAGACGGAAAGACGCCUACAGAGUCUUUCUCGCAGUCUUCACACUACUGCUGGGACCUUUCACAUUCUUCAAUGCACAGAAGACCAAAUACCUUCAGAUCCUCACCUCACUAAUGAGAUGGAUCGCUUUCACCAUGAUGAUAAUCCUGGCACUGAUCCGCAUCUCAAAGGGCCACAGAGAGGGCCACCCUCAGAUGGCGCAGCUCAGCGGAGUUCCCAACCUCUUUGGCGUGUGUGUGUACUCCUUCAUGUGCCAGCACUCGCUGCCCUCUCUGAUCACGCCUAUCUCAGACAAACGGAGGGUGACUGCACUGCUAACGGUGGACUACAUUCUCAUCCUGGCCUUCUACAGUCUGCUUUCUUUCACAGCCAUCUUCUGCUUCGACAGCUCACUGCUGCGAGACAUGUACACACUAAACUUCACCGAUAACUGUGACGUGCUGGGCGUGGCCGCCCUCCGCUACUUUUUAGGACUCUUCCCUGUCUUCACCAUCAGCACGAACUUCCCUAUAAUCGCAGUCACGCUGCGCAACAACUGGAAGACGCUCUUCCAUCGAGACGGAGGCACCUACCCAUGGGUGGUGGACCGCAUUGUGUUUCCCUUGAUCACUUUGGUGCCACCCAUCAUAGUGGCGUUUUGUACUCAUGAUCUAGAGUCUCUUGUGGGCAUCACUGGAGCCUACGCAGGCACAGGCAUUCAAUACAUCAUUCCUGCUGCGCUGGUCUACUUUAGCCGGCGCCACCUAGAGCCUGUGUUUGGAAGAGACGUGGAGAAUAAGCACAGGUCUCCGUUCCGACACACGUUCUGGGUCGUAUUUGUGGUGAUUUGGGCAACCUCCUGCCUGAUGUUUGUCACAGCUAAUAUCAUACUGACAGCAGAAAACAAGACCUAAGCAUGGAGUUUACUGUAUAAUACUAUCAGUAUUUUCUAUCUACUUUUUGUUCUGUUCUGUAAUUAAAGCUGUACAGGUUUGAUACAGGUUUAAUCACUUUUUUUUUUUUCCACAGUAAUUGGCAACUGGUUUCUGUUUAACUUGUUAAAUAUGGAAAGGGAGCAAAAAUGAGUUUAAUUCUGUAAAAAGACUGUAAAGAAAAGAAGUCUUUUUUCACUGUAGGUUAAUUUGAGCUUUAAUUUGCUUACGGCAUUCAGUUUGCAGUUCAGUUCGCACUGCAACAGUUUUCAUUUUGUAACAAACCUCAGUCAGGCUUCUGACGUCGACACUAUUUUAUUACUUUUUGCCUGUUUAUUUUUGUAAUAUUUUGUUCCUUAUGAGACCAAUUAGGGUUAUUUUCUGGUAGCAAUUACAAACAAAAUGUUAGGUAUAAUGGUCUGUUUUGUUUUUUUUUUUGUUUGUUUUUUUUAUUUUUAAGAAUGAUAAUCCUUAGAAUUGGUCUCUCUGGCUCUCUCUCUCUCUCUCACGCACACACACACACAAACUUUCUCUCUCUCUCUUACACACACUCUCACAUACUAUCUCUCUCUCACUCUCUCUCUUUCUUUCCUUUUUUUUUUAAAACCAAAACGAAACAGCCACAUGCACCUUAGUGUGGGCCGAGAGCUGUGGCAGGAGCAAAGCAAAUCAGGGAUAAUUAGUCUUUCAUGGCUGGAAUUUUCAGCAUUUUAUAACUUGUGUCCCCUCAUGUGUCCCCACCAGUAGUGAAUCAUGAUUUGGGUUCUGCAGCAUGGCUGAAGGAUUUACAGAGAGCUGCAGCUUUAGUCUAGACUCAAGUCUCAAGCAGACUGCUGCAGGCAGCGAGAUGCUUCCACACUCGCUCCAGGUUCACUUACCUUUAGCACAGCCUGGGUUUUCUGAUUGGAGCUUGUGUGUUUGGGGUUUGGACAUGCAUAGAGCACUGGGACAGAUAUCUGUUUAAAAAGUAAACCUGCACCUUAUGUCUCAAUGUUUUAUCACUUUAUCAUCACUUGAAUAUAUAACACAAAUCCAAAUGUAUAUAUGACAUGGUUUAAUCCUGCCUUGAAUUGUAUUUUUGUCAUUACCAUGUCCACAUUCGCUAGUCGUCAAAUGUUUGGGGGCUUUUUUGUUUUUUCUUGAGUAAUGUUUUUCAGCUGUCCCCAAACCCACCUAGGAACUGCAUAAGAGAUAGGAAUAGAGAAAAGAGGCUUCAAUCUGAGAGCAGUUGGAUUAAAAAUGUUUGAGAGAAGCAUCCAGUCAGCACUGAAGAAGCACAGCAGAGCGUUUCCUGAAAUGAAACAUUUAGUCCUUAAUUCAUUCCAAGCCCUCAGUGUUUGACAGACAGAGGAAGUGGUCCCUCAGGAUCCCAUCAGUUACUGAGCUUGUGUGCAAUUAUGUGUCGUAGCUGUUAACACGUCUCCAUCUCGUUACAUCUACAUCAGAGUAUCUUUCCUGAGUUUUCAUCGACAGCGCUCGAUGGACUGAUCAUCGAGGACAUGUCUGUUACUGUAUAAUGACUGCUGCUCUCUGCGAGAGUGCUCUCCUGCUUAAAGAAAAACAGGAGAAGCCUGCAAAGCAGCCUCAAAAGCAUGACUGCCGUCACCUGCACGGGUUUUACGCCCGUUGCCUUCAGCUCGUAUUUAUUCAGCUGAAGAUGAUUUUUGGGAUUGUCCCUGCACAGUUCACAGUUUUUACACUGAAGGUGAAGCGGGGGCAGACAAGGUGUUUUAAUAUCGCCGUCCUGAUGGUGGACUUUCAGGUGGAUAUUUGAAGUGCAAUAAAAAGAGAUUGCAGCUAAUAACUCAUGCUCACACCUAAGUCAAUAUUUAAUUAACAAAUGAAGUUCAUUUACAGACACGUGGUGAAUAAUACAAAGCAUAAAGGAUUGAAGUGAAUAAAAAAUGUGCCUUUCUUCCAGGGUUUUUAUCUUCUCUUUAUAAGGAUCAUGUGUGUCUUUGUGUCCUGUAAAUCCCGUCAGAUAACCUGCAUGUAAACUACUUCAUGUAACUGACAAUCAUUGUGUCUUCUAAAUAAACUUCUGAAUUUCUUCUUUUGAAA